UAUUAUAAUCAAGAUAGAAAAUAAAUCAUAUGGAGUAAUAUUUGUCAAAAGGAUUUUCGGUUGUGUUCACAAAGUAUUUAUGCUGUUUCAUUGAUUUGGAGACAAAUGAAAUAAAUUCCUAUUGCGUUUAAAUAAGCGAAUAUAAUAGAAAAUUACAGAAAAUUAUGUUAUUACACAAUAAUUCAUUGAACGAACAAGAGACAACGUGACAUAAUGCUUGGAACGACUUUGUCAAUGGAUAAUUCUUCCGCAGUCGGUCGACACCACUCGACACAUAAAAUUUUAAGUGAAAUCACCAAAAUAUGGAUAAAAAUCUUAUUUAUCUCGUUAAUAUUUGCGCUUGUGCAAACUUCAACACCACCAACGUCGAUACCACUACAGAAGCGAGCUGGAAAUCCAUUAGUGCCCACCGAAUCUACUGAUGAUCAUUGUAAUAAGACAGUUGAUAUUUAUGUGGAUGUAUCAUCACCCCCACUAACAUAUUUGAAUCGUCAUCGCCCGCUGACCUGUUGGUAUCGAUUCAAAAGUAUUCGUGGUAUUCCCAAAGAUUGGGUGCUUCGAUUAACAUUCAAAAAAUUUAAAGUUGGAACACUUGUGAACUCAACACAUUGCGAAGGUGGAUAUCUUCAGAUUGUCGAUGGUAACUCGAAAACAGAUGUCUCAAAUCGCCGAGAGCCAGGCUCAUUCUGUGGCGAAGCUGAACAACCACAAACGUUUAUUAGCGAAACAAGCUACGUUAAAGUAGUUUUUCACACCGACAACUUUACAGAUCAGACUUACUUUGCAUUCGACUCGAGAGCUGAAACUGAAGUCUAUUUGCGCUAUGGUCAACAUCCGGAGCUCUAUCCAAACAGACGUGGAGAAAUUGUUCAAGGCUCAUAUUGCGAACGUGAAUUUCGUGAUUGUCGACUUCAAACGUGCUAUGUGCAAUCGCCAGCCUAUCCUGGACUGUAUCCACGAGCAUUAAAAUGUCGGUAUCGUUUACAUACGCGACAGCCAUUUAUCAAGCUCUACUUACAAAACGAGCAGUUUGCAGUUGAUGGACAAAGGUGCGAAAAUCUGAUGACUUGUCCUAUGAAAGAAAUCGGAUCUGGGCCUGAACAUUGUCCCUACGAUUGGCUUGCGAUACACGAUGGACGUGACGAAAAUGCGCCGAUAAUUGGACAGUUCUGUGGCAUGGGCAAAUUUCCAUUCAGUAUCAUUGGAACGACUCAGCACAUGUACGUUGAAUUUGUGUCAUCGCCUGCUGGUCCAUUGCUCAACAACGGAUUUCAUUUCAAUGUGGGAAAUUGGCCCGGGCAUGUUGAACCGGCUGGGGUGAAGCAAGGAACAUGCGAUUGGCUUCUAAGUUCCAACGCCUUGAAACAAACAAGUGCCUCUGAGGGAAUAUUUUUGAGUGUAGCGCACUGGUAUCCACCGAAUACAUCGUGCAACUAUCACAUUCAAGGCGUCGAGAAUGAAAUCGUUCGACUUUAUUUCCCAAGUUUUCGCAUAAAUCGCAUUGAAGCGCCAAUUGUUAAGCCAGAUGGAGAUUGUGCCGAAUCAUUGACAAUUUAUGAUGCUGAUUUUCCCGAUCCAUCGCGAGUUAUUAAAACUUUCUGCGAUACAUUUUCGAAGCCGAUGGAGAAGAUUGACUUUGUCAGCACGGGACGGUCGAUGUUUGUGAAGUUCCUGAGUCGUACGGGCUCAUAUAGUGGAAGUUCUUUAUACUACUGGGGACAUUAUGACUUCUUCAAUAACACAAAGUUCGGCGCAAAGAACGGAGUACCAAAUACUUUAUGCGACGAAGUGUUUUAUGCUUGGGAACAUCCCAAUGGCAUUUUACGAUCGCCAUUAAACACGCUGAUUUACAAGCGCAUUGCAUCAACGAGCGAUGUUCGAUGUCAAUAUAAAUUUAUUAACGACAAGCGAGCAUUUGCUCGUGUUAUUAUCGAAAUGGUUUCAAUUUCAUUCAAAGAAAUUCCAUAUUCGACGUCACCUUGCACUCGAUGUCACGAGGAGCGUGUCGACAAGCUCAUUAUCUGGGAAGAGAAGAAUAAAACGCAACAACGUUUAGCUUGUUUUUGUGACAACAUUCCACGACCUGUUCGAAUCAUUUCAUCAGACGCCCAGAUGAAUUUAGAGAUGCUUGUGUUGGGACAAUAUGCAUCACAGCAUUAUUUUAAAUAUCCAAACACAUUGUUCACAGCCAAUUAUGAGUUUGUUCAUCCACCACUGUGUGGACCAAUCACAAUGGGCCCAAAAGCAGACGGUGAAUUGAUUUUCCCUCAUAAAAACUCUUUUGGUCUUCCCGUCACUGGAGCACCACAAAAAGUCAUUAAAUGUAUUUGGGAGUUGAAAGUUUCAGCGCAACGUGAUUUAUGGUUGAAAGUUGAUAAAGCAAAAUUUGGCAUUUAUGGAAGUUGUGAGGUUGGAAAAAUUGAAGUUUAUCUUGCUGGUCGGCUAGAGCCUCGUUUCGUUGUAUGUCCCGAGAAUGCAAGCUUAGCAAAGAAUUUACCAAUAUUGUCAGCAGCAGAGCUUGGCGCUCUUGAUAAUUUGAACGAUGAUCCUUUACCAGUUAUCAUUCAAUAUACCGGAGACAAUCGUUUUCCUGGCAAAAGCGCUUUUAGUCUUGUUUGGACGGAGUUGUUUCAUUUACCUCGCAAUCCCGAUGGUACAUUGUCAACAGCUGCGCAAAUGCUGAAGAGUCCUUGUGACUUUGUUUGUCCCAGCAAUCCCUCAAUAUGUUUACCAAAACACUUGGUGUGUAAUGGCAUCGUCAAUUGUCCUAAUGCUUCAAAAACAAACAACGAACUCCAUUCGAUGGAAGCUCUCAUUGAGAACGUAGAAGCUUCACUUCAGACGUUUGGAAUUUUCAACUUGAAGAACAGUCACUUGCUGAACGAUGAGUCAGCUGAGUUGUGUAGGAAGUCGGAGCACGAUUCAGAUUAUUACGAUGAAUAUGAGAAUGUUAAGUGGGCAUUAAUUGUUGCUGGUUCAUGUUUUGUUGUCGUUAUGUUUUUAGCUGUUUUAUGUAAAAUGUGCAAAGGACGCACAAAAAAUCAAUAAUUGAUUCGUCUAACAACAACAAAAAUUAUUCGCAUUUGUUUUCUAUUCGCUUUUUUCCCUCUUUCAAAAGCUGUUGUGUAUAAAUAGAAUCUUCCUCACGCUUAUUGUGGAGCGUCAAAGGGGAUUGGUGAUUUUGGGGAAAAUAUUCAUGAAAAAUAUUUAUUAUGCAUGAAGCUGAACUCGAGAUCAACUCUGCAAUAUUUUACUAAACGACUCGCUUAAUGAAUCUAAAAAAAAGAGAAUUUUCCGAUGUUGUUUCACUUUCUAAGCUCGAGAUUUGGCGUCGACUCUGGCGUCGGUCGGAUGUAUUUAUCGUGCUGUUAUUUGCGCUGAAACACUUCAACUCAUCUAAAAAGCAAAUCGCUGCAAGCGGCGCUUUUCCCUUCCAAUUAAAUUAAAUUAAAUUUAGUAUCUUGACGGAAGAAAAAAUUGAAAAUUCUCCUAAACAAGCUUAAUUUAAAACCAAACGCUUAAAGCAGAAUAAACAAUAUAAAGCGUCAAGGAUUUUUAUUUUCGUUUAUAGAUAAUAGGCUGGAGAUUUAUCCUAUUUUAUAUCGCGAGGAUGAUCUUUGAGAAAAACUGGUAUUAAAAUCGAUUAUUUAAUGAAGAUCAUUAAAAUGUCAUUACGUUAAACUUACGUCAACGUUAACCGGUAACGUAAGUUAUGCAAACUUAGCCUUACAAAUUCAAAAAAUUAUUUUUCAUAAGUAAACUUUGGGAAUAUCUUCAAGUUUCAAUUUGAAUACAUUACAAUCUUAAAUAAGCAACUUUUUAUUCUAAACAAGGAUUUAUUUCAUUCCCAAUACUGUUGUCUCAAAAGAAAAAAAUAAGAAACUGUUUAGUUGAGGAUCAUAAAGUGAAAAUAUUUGAGUUUAUCUCGAGAAAGAAUAAUACGACAACAUAAGAAAGCUUUUUAUUCAAUUAUGUAUUUUUCUACAAAAAAUAUAAAAGGAGAAAGAAUUCUGCUGCUUUAAACAUCCAUCUUGUAGUUCUGUUCUAGAAAACAUAUCAGACCGUUCUUUCGGGGAGGGAAAUCCCAUUAAAUUAAUAUUAAUUAUGUGAAAUUUACAUUUUAGAGGAAACGAGAAAAAAAGUUUCUUUCCCUCGUUUUGUGUCUGACUCGAGCAAAUUUUCCUGCCAUUAUCUCUCUCUCUAUCUCCCUUCUCACAUUCUUUCUCUCUUACACACUUCACACUAAUGAUGUUGCCUACCGAGUGCAAAAAUGUGCUAAACGAGAAAUAUAUUUAUGGGCAUUUGAGGAAAGGUUGUUUCUUAUUUUUGGGUCAGAAAAUAGAGAUUUAAAGUAUUUGCUGUUGAGAGACAAGGUAUGGCGAUAGCAUUUAUUGGUGUAGCGAAAGAAACAAAAAAAUUGUAAAUAAAAAGAGUCACAACUUCUCCCAUUCCUACUUCUGUUUAGUAUAUUCAGCAGCAACCCCUAAAAUAUGUUGAAUCUAAGCAAGGUAAAAAGUAAAAUAGCGCUACAUCAUGAUCAAUAAAUUGAUUUUUGCACAAAUUCCCCAUCCAGAGAAGCAUUAAAUUUCCAAAUUGAUACCAAUUAUGUUAAAAAAAGAAGAUUUUCCAAUAAAAACAAGAUGAAGAAAUCUAAUAAAAACUGCCCUAAAAAUAAAACUUUUAUUUUCCUCCCGGUAAUUGAAAGUAAAUCUUCAACACAAAAAAAAAGAGAUUAAUUUAGAAAAAAAACAUGAAAGACGAUCACAGAAAAGAUUAGAGUUUAAAGUUUAAUAAAGUUAGUAAAGACAGAGUAAGUUUGUAGAGAAUUAUAAUUAAUUGCAUGAGAAAGUAUCAAUAAUUGUAUGAACAAAAAAAAAUUAAACAAAUAAAAUAAAUUGAAAUCAGAUUGAAAAAAUGUAUUGAAGAAAUUUCAAGAAAUAAAAAGAAAAAUCCAUAUAGAGAUGAUACAAAGU